AUGGCGAAGUCGGUGAGAUGCAAGAGAGAGAAAAGGCUUCGGGCUAUUCCCAAAGCGAUGGAAGAGCCCUACUAUGAGAAGAAAGACAAGGCCAAGCUCGCCGUCCAAGAAGCAGCCCUCGCCGCCCUUAAGCAUCCUAUAAAGCCCUCUUGUAAGGCCUCCUCUUCUAUGGAGAUCGUCCCUGUCAACACCUCAACGCCUUCUGAAAAUGCCAUGGAUGUGGAGAUGGCUGAUGGCAGUCAAACAAAGAGUUCAUUAAAACCUUUUGGUGGGGUGGGUAAGAAAUCCCAACAGGUGUUCAAGCAGGGCAAGAGAAGCGUCAUGGCAAGAUCAAGGGCGGAAAGGUUAAGAGGCGUCAUAUCUGAGAGACUGAUGUGUCUUGCAUCUUAG